GGAAGUGCGAUGUUGUGACAGAAGAGGAGGAGGAAGCAGGCACACAAUGGCACUAUGUCUCCGUAUCGGCCUUGUAACAUGAGAGGCCCCCGGCUGAAGACCCCUCUGCUUCUGCUCCUGCUGCUGACCGCUCUGACAUGGACAGGAUUGUGUCAAGAUUAUGACACUGCAGAGCCAGAUGAAGCUACAGCAGAAGAGGAGGGGGCUGCUGAGCCAGAUGCAGAAGAGGCUGAUGGUGAUUACACAGAAACCUCAGACCCAGUCCCUGAUCCUGAGCCUACUGAUCCUGGUCCUACCUCGACAGCUGUACCUCUUGCCACAGAAGACAUAGCUGGAAGCACCCAGGAGGAAGAUGGCUCAGGUGAUUCCAGACUUUACGAAGGAGGAGAAACACUGGAUCCCAGCAUUUCAGAUCCAACCCUUACAACAGAUGGGGAAGAGGAGGAAAGUUUGAGUCCCAUCAUCAUCCUCAUCCCUGUGGUGCUGGUGGUCAUCAUCAUCGGCAUGAUAGUCUGCGGUAUUUUUCUCAAUCGCAGAUGGAACAAUAAGGCCAGAAAUCAAGAGCUUAAAAAGGAGGAUCCAUAUUUGGAUGGGUCCAGUACAGAGAAGGUGCCAAUGCCCAUGUUUGAAGAAGACGUUCCUUCAGUACUGGAGCUGGAGAUGGAGGAGUUGGACCAGUGGAUGAAAAAGGAUGGUGACACUGCAGAGGAAACAAAACAGGAAUGAAUCUGUUUUAUGGUUAACAAAGGACGCUCUCCCGGUAUGCAAGGACACACAGCCAACAAUGCUUCACUGCCAAGUUGCACAGUCUGACUUUCCAGCCACAUUCAUGACCACAGGAACUAAUUUGACUGCCAGGAAACAACAUCAACACACUUAAAGGACACUUACAAGUUACCUUAACUUGUAAGAACUGAUUGUUAUAUGAUACGAUGGCUCCAGAGUGAUCAGCGUUGUGCCUUUUAUGGAGUGCUUUUGUCAUGCAACGCCUAUAUUUCUACUAGAUUAUUUAAAUCAAUUAGAUGAAUUCCAAGCCGCAGUUGGUUUUUUCAAGGACAUUCACAAUACUUUCAGUUUGAAAUAAUCAGUAUAACAAGUAGUAUUAGAUUUGAAUAGAAAAAACAUGGUGCAGCAGCUACUUUUCUGCAAAUAUUCAUGCUUUAAAAGAGUUCCCUGUUGUCUUAAAGUGCAUCAGGUCGAUACUGUCUUCCUCCCAGUGCAUGCAGACAGACAUAGUUUCUGCUGGCGGUUUCUCUCCAGCUCAAAGCCUCUUUGUUGUAUCAUACUGUGUGACUCCCUCCAGCUGCAGGUCUUAAUGGGGAAAUAUCCUGUUGUAGACUGCAGGCAUGCAUGACAGAGGAGGCCACUCCUUUUCAUGCUUGCACACAGCUUUAUUGAGGAACCCUUUUUUUUUUUUUUUUAUUCGUAAACAGAAAUUUCAAAGUGUGAAAUCCUUUGGAUUCUAUCCCUGAGUCUUUUGAUAAAUUAUCGCCCGUUGCUGAAACAGCUUCUCUAAAAGCUGCUGCUGAUAAGAUUAUCAUCUCACCAUAGAUAAUAACUCUCUGACUGAAGAUGCUACAGGCUCAAACGUUGGGCUUUUAGCUUGGGUUUGAAAGUGUUGAUCACAGCAGUCAUGACUCUGAUCUAAAUGUGAGUGCAACUUUCUAAAUGUGUCAGUAUUUUGCAUUUUCUUGCACUGUAAAUAUGAGAAUACGGUAAACCAAGAGUUAAUAUUUUCAAGGAAUGCCUUCUGUAAAUAUUUGAUACAAGGCUUUUUGUGUUGUUUUUGUGCUGGUAAAGCUUUGAAUAGAAUUUUAUUGAACAGAAUCUUCUGAAUGAUAUUUUUUCUGUCUGUGGCUGCUGACACCAAACCCACUUCUUGAUCUAAGACUCAAAUCUCUCCUCAACUACUGGAUGGAUUGCCUUGAAAUCUGUUUUUCAUAUCUUUCAUGUGACACACUCAUGAAACCACACCCUGGCGGGUAAGAAAGCCCUCCUGCUGCUGUAAACUAUGCAGAAGCUGACAGUCUCUGUUGCCACCUUUGUUUUUAGCUGGUUUUAUUUUUUAUUUUUCAUAGUGAAAGAAGUUUGUUCAACUAAAAGCACUAACCAAUGAGGUGAAAAGACUGACUGUUAGUACUACAGAAACCCAUCAGAGAAGCAAAACCCAGAGAGGACUGGAUAGUCUAAACUGCUGUCCCUGUGGGUUACUAUAGAGAGUAGAACCACAGAGACUUCCCCAGAACACUGAGAUCCAGUAGUGAUCCUGAAACCAUCAUCUAGCCAUCCUCUUCCGCUUAUCCGGGGUUGGGUCUCUGUAGUGUAAUAGCGGUAGUAGCAGGUGUAACAAGUCCACCCAGACAUCUCUCUCCCCAGCAACACCUUCCAACCACUUCUAGGGGAUCCCAGAGGCGUCCCCAGACCAAAUAGGAUAUGUAAUCCAUACUGUGCAUGCUUGGUCUUCCCCGAGGUCUCCUCCCAGCAAGACAUGCCCGUAAGGGCCCCAAAGGGAGACGCCCAGGAGGCAUCCUGAUCACCUCAACUGGCUCCUUUCAAUGCAAAGGAGCAGCGGCUCUACUUUGAGAUCCCUCCUGAUGUCUGAACUCCUCACGCUAUCUCUAAGGCCGAGUCCAGACACCCUCUGGAGGAAACUCAUUUUAGCUGCUUGUAUCCAUGAUCUAAUUCUUGCCGUCAUUACAGAGUUCAUGGCUGUAGGUGAGGGUUGGCACAUAGAUCAACCAGUAGAUCGAAAGCUUUACCUUCUGGCUCAGCUCCCUCUCCACCACAACAGUCCAUCACUAACGCCCACAGUACUGCUGACGUUGCACCAACUUGCCUGUCUGUCUCACGCUCCCUUGUACUCUCACUCGUGAACAAGACCCAAUUAUACUUCUCUCAUCUCACACCUGGCGUCUAGCCUUCCCCAGAUCUGUGCCUUGAGGGUUGAUAGCUCAAGUCCCAGCCUGUGCCAAGUCUGGAGAUCGGUCUGGUUGCUGGAUAGGGGACAGUUGAUCUUCUUACUACUGCUGAGGUGUCUGAGUGAGGCACUAGACCCCCAACUAGUGAGCUGCUCAAAGUGCAAAUAAAACCUUUCAUCAAGUAAAAUUGGCGUCUUGAUAUGGCCUUUUUAGUUCAGUUACUAGCAUGCUUCUUUUAGUCCCCUCAGUUAAAAUACAGCUUUAUUCAACUACUGACAUGGUUUCUGACUCCAUAGUGGUAAAAGUAAAUAAAUGUGAUCAUGGAAAAUUCCAUACCUUGAACAUUUUAAGACAAAUGUUAAAUCUGUAGUUUUUAUUGUCAUCUGAAGCAACGGUUUAAUGUAGAUUUGGUGUUUUUCUAUCAUCUCUCAGACUCUGCUGUUUCGUCUGCUCUCUUCUCUGCUCCGUGUCUCUCUGAUGGGUUUCUGGGAGCAAGGGUGGACCAUUCAUUCCAACCAAUGAAUAUAAAUGAGAAAUAAGUCUUGUACUCCAUUUUCUCAGUCUUUUCACUUUCUCAUUAGAUUUCCAGACAGCGGUCCUGUCUGUCACAGCUCAAAGUCUGCCUCAUGGUCACCGCUGUCUGGAUGUUCAGACGUGCUGACUAAACACUGACAUUUUCAUAAUCGACAAAACGCACCAGAGAAAAUUCUGUUGACUCAGUUAAAUCAUCUCUGAUUCUGUUGGAUAAUCAUUCAAUAUCAUGACCCUCACUGCUUGUCUUUAAUCAUGAUAGCAAACAGAAUAUUCAUCAAUCUCUUCAACAUUUUGUUGAAUAUUCUUUGUAAUAAGAAAACCAAACAAGCUACAGUCAGUAAAACAGUGUGUAUGAAUUAAACACAAUAAGAAGAUACCCUACAUAGAAUAAAAUACAACCUAAACUCCAGAAAAGUUGGGGCACUGGGAAAAUAAAACAAUGCAAUGAUUUGCAAAUCAUAUAAACCAAUAAUUGUGCUCACAGUAGACUGUAAACAACAUAUCAUGAAAAAUAUGAGCUCAUUUUGAAUUUGAUGGCAGCAACACAUCUCAAAAAAGUAGAGACACUACACAACAAAAUGCUGGAAAAGUAAGUGGUGCCAAUGAAAAACAGCU